GUGUCAUCUCAUCAGUGAGCUGCCUGCCUGAUCGAGCUGACUCGACUCUUCUCUCCUCUUCUCUCUCCCGGUGUCUCUCUGCUCUGAUACAGAGAGAUUAUUUGGGUACUGUGUGUGUGUGUGUCAGAGUGAGAGAGAGAUAGAGAGAGAGAGGCAGCUGAUCGCCACAGCGUGCUCCUCGCCGCCCGCCUGCCAUGGCCGACCCAUACGGCGACGGCAAGGGCCUCAAGCAGCAGCAGCGCCAGAAGCUCAAGCCCGCGCUCGAGGUGGAGGACUUCAUCAACCUCCUCCACGGCUCCGAUCCCGUCCGAGUCGAGCUCACCCGCCUCGAGAACGAGCUCCAGUAUAAGGAGAAGGAGCUUGGGGAGGCGCAGGCUGAGAUCAAGGCUCUGCGGCUGUCCGAGCGAGCGCGCGAGAAGGCCGUCGAGGAUCUUACGGAAGAAUUGACAAAGGUGGAUGGGAAGCUGAAGCUUACAGAGUCUCUCCUCGAAAGCAAGAACCUUGAGGCAAAGAAGAUAAACGAUGAAAAGAAAGCAGCACUUGCAGCCCAAUUUGCAGCAGAGGCUACACUUCGAAGGGUUCAUGCAGCACAGAAGGAUGAUGACAUGCCCCCUAUUGAGGCCAUUCUUGCGCCAUUGGAAGCUGAACUGAAACUAGCUCGUCAUGAGAUCGCAAAACUACAAGAUGACAACAGGGCAUUGGACCGCCUUACUAAGUCCAAGGAAGCAGCUCUGCUGGAAGCAGAAAGGACGGUUCAGAUAGCAUUAGCAAAAGCUUCUUUGGUUGAUGAUUUGCAAAACAAAAACCAAGAAUUGAUGAAACAGAUCGAGAUCUGUCAGGAAGAGAACAAAAUCUUGGAUAGAAUGCACCGCCAAAAAGUAGCUGAGGUUGAGAAGCUCACUCAGACUGUCAGAGAGCUCGAAGAAGCUGUUCUUGCUGGAGGUGCAGCUGCAAAUGCUGUGAGAGACUAUCAGCGCAAAGUCCAGGAGAUGAAUGAAGAAAGGAAAACUCUUGAUCGUGAACUAGCUCGUGCGAAGGUUUCGGCAAAUAGAGUUGCAGUAGUGGUGGCAAAUGAAUGGAAAGAUGGCAAUGAUAAAGUAAUGCCUGUUAAACAAUGGUUAGAAGAACGGAGGAUUUUACAAGGAGAAAUGCAGCAACUCCGGGAUAAACUGGCUAUAGCAGAAAGGGCCGCACGAUCAGAAGCUCAAUUGAAAGAUAAGUUCCAGCUACGGCUUAAAGUACUUGAGGAAGGUUUGAGAAUGUCAACGACUCGAACCAAUGUUAGUGCAGCACGCCGCCAGUCUAUUGGUGGUGCUGAUAGUUUAUCCAAGACCAAUGGGUUCCUAUCAAAACGGCCAUCAUUCCAGAUGAGAUCGUCAGUAUCUACCACCACAACUACUCUGGUCAACCAUGCAAAAGGGGCAUCAAAGUCUUUUGACGGAGGCUGUAGAUCACUUGACCGUUACAAGGGACAUGUAAACGGGUCUGGUAUGAAUGUAUCUACGGACUCCAGUGAAGAUAAGGAAUCAAACAACUCAGAUGAGAAGGCUAACGAAUUUACAUCAGUUGAGACAGAGGAUACGGUAUCAGGUUUGCUGUAUGAUACGCUGCAAAAGGAGGUAAUUGCUCUAAGGAAGGCUUGCCAUGAAAAGGACCAAAGCCUGAAAGACAAGGACGAUGCAGUUGAGAUGCUAGCAAAGAAAGUAGACACAUUGACAAAGGCAAUGGAAUCAGAGGGUAAAAAAAGGAGGAUGGAGGUAGCUGCCAUGGAAAAGGAGAUGGCGGCUUUGCGGUUGGAGAAAGAGCAGGAUAACAAAGCAAAAAGGUUUGGUAGUUCAAGUUCGCAGCUGCCACCUGGCAGGACAUUGCCUCGGAGUGGUUCAGCACGCAAUAUGUGAUGCAAGCGAGGAACACGGCGGCAACCAGCCAACCCUUACGAAGCAUUCAAAUAAGAGGAGAGCUUAAUUGGGUGCUUCGACAUCAUAUCCUUGUCUAGUUGUUGAAUGUUGGAUUAGUAGUGAUGACGAGCUGCUGAUUGAUGUCUGGAGAAGAUGGAUCGAUCGGUUACAUUUUUACACGUCGAGCCGAGAAGACGGAGCGAUUAGCCUAUAUCUCGUGGGAAUCGCGACGACUACUCUGUCUAAUUAACCUGGCAAAUUAAGCUAGUCUUAUUUUUAACCUUUGGUUUCUUGAUGAGAUUUGGUGGUGUGUUUUUUUUUGGCAAUCAUCCAUCAUCGUUGCCUGGUGCUGUAUAGGUUUGGUGAGCCCAUGCAUGCAUAUUUUUAGUCUCAAAUUUGUUUGUAAUCUUAAUACUAAAGAGGAUCGGAUGAUUAUAUAUAUAUAUAUAUGCUGGCCAUAUAUAAAGAUUGAGUUUCCUGUUGA